AUGAAGGAGAGGCUGUCUAACGAUCAGACGUGGUGUACGCCAAUACCGCACGACAGGAAGGUGUCGACGGUGCGGGAUUUUUAUCAGGCGUUCCACGAUGCGAGCACGUUGCCGAUACGGACCUGCAUGACAGCUACCGCAAGCGGACUCACGCUGGUCGAAGAGAAGCUCGUCUCGCUCAACUCCUGCUAUGGGCACGUCAAGGGCCACAUCACAGUGUUUCCCAACAACGUGCAGGAGCUGGCGACCAGGUGCUCCCGCACCCCUUUGCAAGCACUGGACGAGAUCCACGUUUCGUGGCAGGGCGUGGAGAAGCCGGCACCGAGCGACCUGUCGAGUCUCUUGUCGGUGAGGCGGCGGGUCGUCGAGAGGGCUCUUGUUUGGCUGAAGAGGAGCAACCCCCACUACGCCGAGAUCGAGAUCGACGUGGCGGAGAUGGAGAGUUGGGGAGACCCGAUAGACGGGGUGCCGGCCUUGGUGUAUGAUCGCAUGGAGCGGAACGAGCCGUCCGCAUGGGAGAAAACGCGGACGGCGCACGUUGUGCCGCCCACGGAGCGCGCCAUGGACGACGAGGGGUCGGUGGAGAUCGAGGAACUCUUCGCUCUGCUCAACCAAAGGCAGGAAACGGGAGGCGAGGCUGAAGGGCACGGGCCCAACGAAGAAGGCGCGGGUCGUGAUGGAGUUGGUGCUAGCCCCGAUCAGAACGUUCGACCAAUCAACGAGCUGCGGUUUGCCUGUGACGCUGUUGGCGCAGGUGCCGACGACGGCCGCGCGGGCCCGAGAACGCUGGCCGAAGAGGCCAUAGCCGAGGCGGGAAGGCCCUUACCAACUUGCGAGGCACCGGUAGAGCUGCUGAGGCAGGCGGCAGCGGGAGACAUCGUAUCCUCCCGAAGCUUGAACCUCCGGAUUUGGGCCGACAUCGUGCUCCGGCGCCAUGGUGGCCGGUUUGCGUUGCACCACAUAUUUGCAUUUCUCGUCUUCAACAUGGGGGUGCGGUCGAGGAACCGCCGCGUCAGCAUGCUGAGUGUGGCGAGGAAGGACUUCGGCAAGGUCGAGCGCGUUGCCCGCUCGAUGACCGCGCAAAGGAGCUUCUCAGGAGCCUCUCGCUGUACGGCCACCGGCAACCCAUGUCGAGAGGUUCGGCUCAAUAUGCGGCGGAAAAUCCAGUCGCUCAUCGUUGGCUACGGCGUUCCGGCCAUCUGGUUCACCAUCAACCCAAACGACAUUACGAACCCGGUGAAGCUGCGACUGGCGGCAUAUCGGACACGCGAUCCCGGCGCGGCCGAGGAGUUCCUAGAAGGCCUUGGGAGUGCGUACAAGCGGACAAGGCUGGCCAUGUCCGAUCCGAUGAGCGCCGCCGUAUUCUUCCACCGGGAGAUGAAGCUGUUCUUCGAUCAUUACGUGAAGGUCGGAGAAGAGUCGGUAUUCGGGCGCAUCGGCAAGUACUAUGGCGCUGUGGAGACCAACGAACGAGGGGCGCUUCAUGUUCACGGCUUGCUCUGGUUGCACGGAAACGCGCAUCUCAGCUCGAUGCUUGCCGACAUCCACGGGGAGGAUCAGGCGGCGUAUCGCGAGCGAAUCAUACGAUACGUCGAUAGUGUCUUCUCCGAGGAUCUGGAUCAGGAAGGGUUCUGCGCCGUGCAAGCGGAGCGAUCUAUCCGGAGGACUCACAGCAUGGUCAAUCGAUGGAACAAGGCUAUCGCUGUUGGGCUCCGGCACAACCACGACAUUUCCUUCAUUGCGACGCAGCGCAAGACCAUGGCCCUUAUGUAUUAUGUCACGAACUACGCGACGAAGGUGGAGGACCCGGUGUGGAAGUGUGGCGGCCGCGGCCGAUCUCCUGGCCGCCUCAACGGGACGCGACAGUUCUUGAUGAGGGUGGCGAAUCGUGUGUUCACGGAGCGUCCGCUAUCUCAGGUCGAGGUCGUCGCUCAUCUUCUUGGAUAUCCGGCCGAGUUCACCAACAGCAGCGCCUGGGCGUACCUGAACACAUCUCUGCUGUACUGGGAAGUCUUUCGACGGUGGCCGUAUCUCCGACGAGCAAGUGGCGCGGCGGCCAUAGAUGAUACUCUGGAUGAGUCGGUGCUCAGGCGGCCGGGCAAGCAUGCUACCGUCUGCCUCGAUGGCUACCUGAGCAAGGACUUCGGCCACAACGACGACGAGGAGUCGUGCCACCGGAGGGCAGCCGUGCAGCAUCUUGCGCUAUUUGUGCCGUGGGAGUCCUUUCUGUGCGAAGAAACAGGUGAGAUCAAUAGCAUCUGGGAGCGGGCGCGAGAGGCGCUGGCCCCGAGAAUAUCAUGUCUCGUCGACAACGUGCAGCUGCUUCGACGAUCAGCCGAAGACGCAAAGCGCGACGCCAAGCAAUGGGCGGCCUCAUCCGGCGAUGGCGAUUCCACGGUCGCCCACGUCGAGGAGGGCGAGACAGGCGAGGCGGGCGCAGAAUUUGCAGCGACGUAUCGGUCCAACAACAUCGGAGACGCAACGCGCCUGAUCGACGUCGUCCGAGGCGCAGUGGGCACGAAUCAGGUGACGGCCAAGUCGCCGGAGCUCAUGGCAAUGAUGCGGCAGCUCUGUCGAUUCCAGCAAUCGGCGCUCUGCUCAACGGCCGAGCUCGAGGCCAUCGCGAUUCCCGAACAAGGGUUGAGGUGCAUAAGCAUGCCAGGGCGGGUAUUUUCCGGGGCCGCACUACCGCCGCAGGAUCAGGUCAAGGCUAUCAAGUCGCAGCAGAUAAAUCAACGGCAUCACGAUCCACCCGCCUGCGGGUUCACUAAAGACCAAGGGGCGGGCGGCGCGAACACAGCCAAGGACCUUGACGGGGUGCGGCUGACAAAACGGGCGGAGCGGUUCAUCCACGGCCAGUCUCGGAUGGACUGGCAGGAGAAGGACGUGCUUGUCAUCGACGAGGUGAGCAUGCUCGGAGCGCGGACGCUGCACGCCAUAAACGAGCGACUCUGUCGGCUUCGCGGAUCGCAGAAAGAUUUCGGGGGGAUCCCCAUCGUCCUCUUCUGCGGAGACUUUCAGCAGUUCCGGCCGGUCCAAGAGAGGUCGAUCGUCCUGCCGAGCGCGGCCAUCUCGUGGGACGUAGACAACUCGUUCAAGGCCGAGCAGCGGCACCAGCACGACAAAGCGCACGCGCUGUGGAAGAGAUUCACGACGCGGAUCCGGCAGGGUGUGCAGGACCGCACGGAUCUGGACCUCCUCAACUCAAGGUGCUACCGCGAGGGCAGGCGGAUCCCUUGGGAGACUGGCAUCACCGUGGUGACGCCGCUGAACAGGAAUCGGUGGAACCUAAACAUGGAGGCAAGCUUGGCGUUCCGGGUCCAGCAGCGGUCGACGAUGCGCAUCUUCAUCUCCGAGCACAAGUGGAAGGAGGGCCUGCCGACCGAGGAAGAAGCGAUCAUGAUACUCAAUCAAGGCGACGAUAGCGCGAUCCCCGUGCCGGCCGUCUUCAUGUUCGUGGCCGGGAUGCCGGUCGUCGUGAACCACAACACCCAUCAGGGGCUGAAGCUGGUGAACGGCGCCGGCUACUCGGCGGUGGAGGUCAUUGUCGACAAGGCGUCCCCAGGGCAUCGAAUCUCGUCCGACAUGACGAUCCACUUCGGCCGCCGGCGGGGAUAUUACUGGAAUCGGCGACGACAAAGGACCUCCACUUCGUCGGGAUGCCGCCGGGCACGAUCUUGUUAA